GCUGCGGAGGCCGCGGCACCGGCACCGGGAGCGGCGAGGACCGUAGCGGCAGCGACGGCUGCACCAAAGAAGGGAGCUCCGAGCCCCGGCGCCCAGCCGGCGGCGCCGCCUCCCCGACCUACAAUGCCUCACUGAGCCAGGCGGGCAGCUGAGUGGAGCCAAGCAGAGAGCAUCUAUGGAUGGGCCCCUGGCAGGCGGCCUGGCCGCCCCGGAUCGUCCUCGAGGCCCUGAGAGACUGCCUGGCCCAGCGCCGAGGGAGGACAUCGAAGGUGGGGCUGAGGUUGCUGAGGGGGAAGGUUGCAUCUUCCGGUCCACCCAUUACCUGCCUGUCACCAAGGAAAGCCCUCGAGACAUUCUGGAUGGCAGAGGUGGCAUUUCUGACGGGCAGCCCCAUCCUGGCCUCAGCGAAGCCCUCCCCCGUGCCACCUCCGCCACCCAUCGGAUCAGCAGCUGCUGCUGGGAUGGAGGCAGCCUGGACUUCCAGCCGGGCUCCCCACCACCCCAUCCCCUGGGCCACUUCCCUGGCCCCCCCGAUGGCCGGGGGCCCUGGGAGCACCCCAUGGUUCAGGAGGCCGGGGAGGGCAUCCCAUCUGAGCGGAGGUUCGAGGACUCGGUCAUUAUAAGAACCGUGAAGCCCCACGCUGAGCUCGAGGGCUCUAGAAGGUUCUUGUACCAUCAGGGUGAAUCGAAGCACUUGGAGAAGGUCCCCCGGGGCCGCCCCAGGUUCGACUGGCUCCAAGACCCAGAAGAGCAGGCCCCACUCCAGGAUGCAGCGCUGCACCUGGACCUGCCGCCCCAGCUGCCACCCCUCACCUCCUUCCGGACAGUGCUCGUACCGGUAGAAGAUACCACUAAGACGUUGGAUGUGCCAGUGGUGGGCACCGGAGAACACCUGGCAGACCUGGAGGGCCUGGCCCAGCCGUCCGAGUGGAGCCUGCCCAGGUCGGCCUCAGAGGUGGCCACACAGACCUGGACGGUGAACUCAGAGGCGUCUGUGGAGCGGCUGCAGCCACUGCUCCCCCCAGUCCGGACAAGGCCCUAUCUGUGUGAACUGCUGGAGGAAGUGGCCGAGGGGGUGGCCAGCCCAGAUGAGGAUGAGGACGAGGAGCCAGCCGUGUUCCCGUGCAUUGAGUGCAGCAUCUACUUCAAGCAGAAGGAGCACCUUCUGGAGCAUAUGAGCCAGCACCGCCGAGCCCCGGGCCAAGAGCCCCCGGCUGAGUUGGCCCCCCUGGCCUGUGGCGAGUGUGGCUGGGCCUUCGCUGACCCUGGUGCCCUUGAGCAGCACCAGCAGCUGCACCAGGCCUCCCGGGAGAAGAUUAUCGAGGAGAUCCAGAAGCUGAAGCAGGUCCCAGGCGACGAGGGCCGGGAGGCACGGCUGCAGUGCCCCAAGUGCGUCUUUGGCACCAAUUCCUCCAAGGCCUUUGUGCAGCAUGCCAAGCUGCACAUGCGUGAGCCACAAGGCCAGGCUGCAAAGGAGCCCUUCGGGAGCGGCAGCAGGGCUGGCAGCCCAAGCCCCGAUGCCACCUCCCUCACCUAUCAACCCUAUGGAGAUUCCUUGGGCCUCAGUGCCUGUGUUUUCUGUGGCUUCCCCGCGCCCAGCGAGAGCCUGCUCAGGGAGCACAUGAGGCUUGUGCAUGCCCACUGGGAGGAGGAUGGUGAGGCUUUUGAGGAGGAUCCUGCCAGCCGGCCCGGCACCAGCCAGGAUGCUUAUGCCCGAUUCUCUGAUGCCACUGACUACUUUGGCAAAGCUGAGCCGCUCUUGGCCCCCAUGUGGCAGGGGAACCCUGCUGGAUACGACCCCAGCCUGUCGUUUGGCCCCGGCUGCCAGCAGCUGGGCAUGAGGGAUUUCCCACUGUUAAAGCCACUCCCACAUGGCUCGAGCCAGAGGCCCCAGGGAAGGCCAGCCUUUCCCUCGUCACUAGCAUCUGCCCCCUACUCCUUACAGGCCAGUAGAAGCAAGAGUGCUGUCCACCCACAGGGGCUCUCAGCCCAACUGGGGGACCAGAGGCACCCUUGGAGCGAAGAGGAGGAGGAGGAGGACAUACUGCUGGCCUCGGAAAUGGACUUUUCCCCCGAAAGUGGGGUCUUUGCACCGUCAGCCACCCCCGGCCUCAUCCCACAGUCAGCCCUGGAGCUCAAGCGGACAUUCCAAGAAGCCCUGCAGACAGCUGAAGCCUCACGGGCACAGCAGCAGCAACUCUGUGGGAUGGUGCCGGUCGUUCUGGUGGCGAAGCUCGGGCCGCAAGUCAUGGCUGCAGCAGCCAGGGCCCCUCCGAGGCUGCAGCCUGAGGAGCUGGGGCUGGGGGGUGGCCACCCCCUGGACUUCCUGCUCCUGGACACACCGCUGGGUGGCCCUCUGGGGCUGGACACAUUCCUGGAUGGGGACCCAGCAGAGGCACUGAAGCAUGAGGAGCGGAAAUGCCCCUACUGCCCAGAUCGCUUCCACAAUGGCAUCGGCUUGGCCAACCACGUUCGGGGCCACCUGAACCGCGUGGGCGUCAGCUACAACGUGCGGCAUUUCAUCUCCGCCGAGGAGGUGAAGGCCAUCGAGCGCAGGUUCUCCUUCCAGAAGAAGAAGAAAAAAGUGGCUAACUUCGACCCGGGCACCUUCAGCCUGAUGCGCUGUGACUUCUGCGGGGCCGGCUUUGACACUCGUGCCGGCCUCUCCAGCCACGCCCGGGCCCACCUGCGUGACUUUGGUAUCACCAACUGGGAGCUCACUGUCUCACCCAUCAACAUCCUGCAAGAGCUGCUGGCCACCUCAGCUGCUGAGCGGCCCCCCAGCCCCCUGUGUCGUGAACCUGGGGUGCCGCCUAGUGGCUUCCUGACCUCCCGCCGGCCCCGCUUACCUCUUACAGUGCCCUUCCCACCCACCUGGGCUGAGGACCCUGGGCCAGCCUACGGAGAUGCCCAGAGCCUGACCACCUGCGAGGUCUGUGGUGCCUGCUUUGAGACACGCAAGGGCCUGUCCAGCCACGCGCGCUCCCACCUGCGGCAGCUUGGGGUGGCUGAGUCGGAGAGCAGCGGUGCCCCCAUCGACCUCCUCUACGAGCUCGUGAAGCAGAAGGGCCUGCCCGACACACCCCUUGGGCUGCCCGCAGGCCUGACUAAGAAGUCCAGCUCGCCGAAGGAAAUGGUUGCUGGAGCCCCACGACCCGGCCUGCUCGCCCUGGCCAAGCCCCUCGAUGCCCCUGCUGUCAACAAGGCCAUCAAGUCACCUCCCGGCUUCUCGGCCAAGGGCCUGGCCCACCCGCCCAGCUCCCCACUCCUCAAGAAGGCAUCACUGGCCCUGGCGGGCUCCCCUACCCCCAAGAAUCCUGAGGACAAGAGCCCCCAGCUGUCCCUGAGCCCCCGGCCGGCCUCCCCAAAGGCACAGUGGCCCCAGUCUGAGGACGAGGGGCCCCUGAACCUCACUUCGGGCCCAGAGCCGGCACGUGACAUCCGCUGUGAGUUCUGUGGCGAGUUCUUCGAGAACCGAAAGGGCCUGUCGAGCCAUGCACGCUCGCACCUGCGGCAGAUGGGCGUGACCGAGUGGUACGUCAACGGCUCACCCAUCGACACGCUGCGGGAGAUCCUCAAGAGACGGACCCAGUCCAGGCCUGGCGGACACCCCAACCCGUCAGGGCCUAGCCCAAAAGCCCUGGCCAAGAUGGUGGGCAGCGGAGGUCCUGGCAGCUCACUGGAAGCCCGCAGCCCCGCGGACCUUCAUCUCUCACCCCUGGCCAAGAAGUUGCCGCCGCCACCAGGCAGCCCCCUGGGCCACUCACCAACUGCCUCUCCUCCUCCCACGGCCCGGAAGAUGUUCCCAGGCCUCUCCUCACCCUCCCUGCCCAAGAAGCUGAAGCCUGAACAAAUGCGGGUGGAGAUCAAGCGGGAGAUGCUGCCAGGGGCCCUUCAUGGGGAGCCGCACCCAUCCGAGGGUCCCUGGGUGGCACCUCGGGAAGACAUGACCCCCUUGAACCUGUCGUCCCGGGCAGAGCCAGUACGUGACAUCCGCUGUGAGUUCUGUGGCGAGUUCUUCGAGAACCGAAAGGGCCUGUCGAGCCAUGCACGCUCGCACCUGCGGCAGAUGGGUGUGACCGAGUGGUCUGUCAAUGGCUCACCCAUCGACACGCUGCGGGAGAUCCUCAAGAAGAAAUCCAAACCAUGCCUCAUCAAGAAGGAGCCACCGGCCGGAGACCUGGCCCCUGCCUUGGCUGAGGACGGGCCCCUCACGGUGGCCCCUGGGCCCAUGCAGGCCCCUUUGCCGCUUGCGCCAAUGGGUGGCCGGCCAGGCAAACCAGGAGCUGGGCCAGCCCAGGUUCCCCGCGAGCUCAGCCUGGCACCCAUCACUGGUGCCAAGCCUUCAGCCACCAGCUACCUGGGCUCAGUGGCAGCCAAGCGGCCCCUGCAGGAGGACCGCCUCCUCCCAGCAGAGGUCAAGGCCAAGACCUACAUCCAGACUGAACUGCCCUUCAAGGCAAAGACCCUCCAUGAGAAGACCUCCCACUCCUCCACUGAGGCCUGCUGCGAGCUGUGUGGCCUUUACUUCGAAAACCGCAAGGCCCUGGCCAGUCACGCACGGGCGCACCUGCGGCAGUUCGGCGUGACCGAGUGGUGUGUGAACGGCUCACCCAUCGAGACACUGAGUGAGUGGAUCAAGCACCGGCCCCAGAAGGUGGGCGCCUACCGCAGCUACAUCCAGGGCGGCCGUCCCUUCACCAAGAAGUUUCGCAGUGCCGGCCAUGGCCGCGAUGGCGACAAGCGGCCGCCCCUGGGGCUGGCACCCGGGGGCCUGGCCGUGGUGGGCCGCAGUGCCGGGUGUGAGCCAGGGCUCGAGGCUGGCCGGGCAGCUGACAGUGGUGAGCGGCCUCUGGCAGCCAGCCCGCCAGGCACUAUGAAGGCUGAGGAGCACCAGCGGCAGAACAUCAACAAAUUUGAGCGCCGACAAGCCCGCCCUCCAGAUUCCUCUGCGGCCCGGGGUGGUGAGGAGGCCAAUGACCUGCACCAGAAGCUGGAGGAGGUGCGGCAGCCUCCGCCCCGGGUCCGGCCAGUCCCCUCCCUGGUGCCCCGGCCCCCCCAGACGUCACUCGUCAAGUUCGUUGGCAACAUCUACACCCUCAAGUGCAGGUUCUGUGAGGUGGAAUUCCAGGGGCCCCUCUCCAUCCAGGAGGAGUGGGUGCGGCACUUACAGCGGCACAUCCUGGAGAUGAAUUUCUCCAAAGCGGACCCUCCACCCGAGGAACCCCAGGCCCCACAGGCACAGACAGCGGCAGCAGAGGCGCCCUAACACAAAAGCAUUCCAAAUCCCCUCUCAUGCCACCUCUAUCUCCUUUUCCUCCUCAGUCUCCUCCUCCCUCUCCUCCCUCUCUCUUUUCCGUUUCCAAAGGAGCAAGCCAAAACCUCAAACCGGCACCUUUCAGGAGCCGGGCACACUACAUCUGGGGCACUGGAAGCCAGCUAGCCAUGCUUCCCCCAGCCUGAGGACUCUGGGGCCACACACAGGGCAUCUUCCUUCAGCCCACACCCAACUGCCCACCCAGUUCAGCAGGGGCAGCGGCCAGGUCUCUGGUGGCAGCCAAUCUGUUCACAAGGGAGGAAGGCCAGCGUUCUCCCACGUCUAACAGCCAGGCGGGCUGUGUUUGCCAUCCGUGGCCACUUGCAAAGACCCCAAGGACCCCUGUCCUGGUUCCCUCUUGCCCCUAUGAAUAUCCUCUCACACAUGCACGCACGCACGCACGCACGCACGCACGCACUCAACGUACUUCGUGAGACUCGGGAAUCUGCCCCAGCCCUCCAGUUCCCGAGUCGAACGACGACCACAUCAUGCCACGGUGCUUGCUCAGGGGAAGCCACACUCCCGCUGUGGCCCGCUGCUGGGGCCUGGGAGCCCCCCCACUGAGCCCACAAUGCCACGGAAAUCCUUGUUGGCCACCCCCCCACGAGGGGCCUUCCCAGCUGGGAAGAGCUCAGAGCUGACAGCUGCCUCCUGCCAUGUCAAGGCCCCCCAGAGCCUUGGGGGCUCCAGGGCCUGGGAGGG